GAAACCGCUGAAGUUGUGUGGUGAAAGUUUUUACUCUCCGGAAGGAAAUGGCGGCAGUGAACGAGCUGCUGGUGUCCGCGGGGGAUCCGGUGGAUCCGGUGGAUCCGGUGGACUGUAAACCGACCAGAGCGGAGAUACUGAGAGGAAUCGUUACCGACAAACUGACCGCCGCCGCGCGGGAGAUCUUAGCGGUGGUCGAGAGAACCGUGGCCGGGUACGAGGAGGAGACUGCGGGUCUGAGGCUGGAGGUCGACCGGCAGAGGAAGCACCUGGAGGCUCUGCUGCUGCCGCGGGUCGCUCUCUGUAGGAUCGAGGAACCUGCAUGGGAAGAGGAAGAGGAAGAGGAAGAGGAGGAGGAGGAGGAGGAGGAGGAGGCUGGAGGAGGUGAACUCCCUGAGGAGGAACAGCUGCACACAAAUGUGGAGGACUCGGGAAGCCGGGACGUCUCAGGCCACGUUGAGGAAGACGAGGGUGAAGAUGAGGAGGAGGAGGAGUCUGCUGAGGAGCCAGUACUGAGCAUGAAUCUAGAUCAGGAGGAUCUGAGGGACCCAGAAUAUCAGACAGCAACAAGAGGUCAGUCUGUGAAGAUGAAGGGCAGGAGACGGGAUCCUCUAAAACUUAGAGUCUGUCUGUUACAGGAUCACACCAAUGUGCUCAAAAUCGGUGUGUUGAAGUCCCCGGUUAACGAGCUGAAGUGUCCCCGAGGCCUUCGGGAGCCCGACUUCCUGAACCUGCUGAGGUCCACCUUCCCUCAGGUGACCGGACAGUUUGACGUCUUCACAGUUGACGCAACCAGGAAACUGACACCACUGAAACUACAAACACUGACACCAGAAGAGAUCCAAAGGUCCAUCAAAUCCACGGGGAAAGGAAGAUCGGCUCUGUAUAUCCGAGCACAGAGAGCAGAGAAAUCGCUGAUCAACACGGAGCAACUUCCUCCUCCAGAGAGCGAAGACGAAGCCACCAGUGACGCAGGAAACGCUGAUGCUGUGGACACCAACAGGGAGUCUGCUGAGGAGCCAGUACUGAGCAUGAGUCUAGAUCAGGAGGAUCUGAGGGACCCAGAAUAUCAGACAGCAACAAGAGGUCAGUCUGUGAAGAUAAAGGGCAGCAGACGGGAUCCUCUAAAACUCAGAGUCUGUCUGUUACAGGAUCACACCAAUGUGCUCAAAAUCGGCGUGUUGAAGUCCCCGGUUAACGAGCUGAAGUGUCCCCGAGGCCUUCGGGAGCCCGACUUCCUGAACCUGCUGAGGUCCACCUUCCCUCAGGUGACCGGACAGUUUGACGUCUUCACAGUUGACGCAACCAGGAAACUGACACCACUGAAACUACAAACACUGACACCAGAAGAGAUCCAAAGGUCCAUCAGAUCCACGGGGAAAGGAAGAUCGGCUCUGUAUAUCCGAGCACAGAGAGCAGAGAAAUCGCUGAUCAACACGGAGCAACUUCCUCCUCCAGAGAGCGAAGACGAAGCCACCAGUGACGCAGGAAACGCUGACUGCUUAUUUUCUUCCUUCAGUUCUGUGAACACCAACAAAACCGAUCGUCUGUCCAACAACUCGAGACGGCAACAACAGAUUGAAACAGCAGAGGACGGAGAACAACGCGGAUUAUCGGAUGACUUUAGCACCCUUUCUCCUGCUGAGAGCGACGGGGACAACGAAGAAGACGAAGAGGAAGAGGUGGAAGAAGAUGGCAGAGAUGACGACUGGAAACCAGACAGGAAAGAGGAAGGGCUGAGUGACGGCGAAGCUGAAGCGAACUCAUCGAAGACGGCGAGGAGGAGGCGAGUCGAUCAUUCAGGUGUAAAAACAAAGAGAAGGAAGCAGAUGCAGUCGUCUCUACAGGCGACCGAUGGCGGCGACGCUCCGUCCUGUAAAGUCUGCGGAGCGCUGCACAGGUCAAAGACCAUGCUGAUUAAACACGCCUUGAGUCACGUGGACGACUCAGAGUGGCGCUGUGGAGUGUGUGGAGAACAUUCAGAGUCUGCUGAGGAGCUGAGGAGCCAUCUCGAAAGUCACCAGAAAACCCACAGCUGCAACAUCUGCGGAAAGUCUUUCCUCACUGUCGGCAGCCUGGAGAGACAUGCUACUCUGCACACGGGAGAGAAACCAUACAAAUGUGACAUCUGCCAUAAAGCGUAUGCACAUAAGGCAGGUUUAAGGAACCACUGGUGGGAACAUGUGGAGGAUAAACCCCACAAAUGUGACGUCUGCAGUCAGUCUUUUGCUUUCAAACAGCAGCUGAGGGUUCACAGCAGCACCCACACAGGGGAGAAGCCGUACCGCUGCGACGUGUGCGGGAAAUGUGUCACUGACUUUCGAGCUUUAUCCCGACACAAGUUGGGUCACAGCGGGGAAAAACGCUACGCCUGUCAGGUCUGUGGGAAGAGAUUUUUAAUUCCAGCCAAAGUGAAAGAACAUGCGAAAAUUCACACGGCCCGAGACCGAACGUACCUCUGCGACGUUUGCUGCAAAAUGUUUCACACGCGAGGUCAGCUGAAGGUUCACAUGAAAACACACAGCGAGGAGAAGAUCAUGUGCAGCGAAUGCGGCAAAGGCUUGUCGGGUCGAGGAGCUCUGAGGAGACACAUGAUGAUCCACACUGGGGAAAGACCGUACAAGUGCUCGGAGUGUGGGCGAACCUUUAACACUCAGAGUAUUCUCAGAGCACAUCUGAAAACACACUCUGACGUCAAACAGUUUGUCUGCGGGGUUUGUGGGAAAGCGUGCGCCGCAAAUAUUACCUGACGGUCCACAUGAGGACCCACAAUGGAGAGAAACCGUACCAGUGCAGCCUCUGCGACAAAGCCUUCACUCAGAGCCACUGUCUGAAAACACACAUGAGGAGCCAUCAAGGGAAGAGACGUCAGCACUGGAUGGACUGAAGUCCUGAAAGGGUCUGUUCCUUUUCUACAUAAAGAAAACACAACAGAGCGUGUUCCUUAAAGCUCAGUAAGCCUUGUGUGGACGAGGCUUGUUAAUAACGGAGCAAUCAAACAGCGUGGCACUAAGUGUUCACUGUAGCUUCAUCAGGUCUGUGCUGGUGAAAUAAAACUGUAUCUGCAGCAGAGAGCGUCAGUGUGUCUCUGCAGUGUGACUGUCGACUGUACAGGACGGACACAGCGAGGGCAGAUUGUCACUACUGAAUCAAUCUAUCAGCUGAUAGUGUUAAUGUCCCGAUCUGAUCUCACCAAUCUGUAUCGCUGCCGAUCAGUGCGUUCUUUAUCUGAUCGGUGUCGGCUAUGUUGAGCUCUACUGAUCCGAUCUUUUGUUUUACGUUAGCUGUUUUAUGUGCCUCUGCUCGGAGGAGAGACAGCGGGAGAGAUCUGACACAACCAGACUCAACAGGCCACUGAAAGAGAAACAAAAUACAAUAAAUAAUAAUAAUUAAUUGAUGUAAUCGGUUGCAGUAUAAUAGUUACUGAACUAAAAGUUGCGGGGAGAGUCAGCGAGUGGACGACUGCUGUUUAAUUACAGCUUCAAUAAACGGAGCGAGUCGGUAUGUGACAAAGAAACUAGAAACUAAAGACACAGAAAGGUUGAUUGUUAUUGUCUGUCAGCUGUUACAUUAUCAUCCUGUUGUGUCCUGAUGCGACUGCGUUUCUGGGGUUUAUUGUAUGUUAAAUGUUUUUUCUACUGAAUAAAAUCAUUGAUCGUUGUUUGUUUGGUGGUAAAAUAUUAAUAAAGUAAAUAUUCUAAAUGCC